CUGCGCGCUUCCGCUCGGCGUUCCCACAAUGCUGCGCGGCUGAGCGCCGCGGAGCCCGCGGGGACGCUGCGGGGGCGCCAGUGGCAGAGGCGGCGCCUGUGGCGGCGGCGGCGGCUGAGGCGACGUGGGCUGCGGCGGGCCCGCGGCGUCGGCCGGUGCGGAUGUCGGGCUGGGCGGACGAGCGAGGCGGCGAGGGCGACGGGCGCAUCUACGUGGGGAACCUGCCCACCGACGUGCGGGAGAAGGACCUGGAGGACCUGUUCUACAAGUACGGCCGCAUCCGCGAGAUCGAGCUCAAGAACCGGCACGGCCUGGUGCCCUUCGCCUUCGUGCGCUUCGAGGACCCGCGAGAUGCUGAGGAUGCAAUUUAUGGAAGGAAUGGAUAUGAUUAUGGCCAGUGCCGGCUUCGUGUGGAGUUUCCCAGGACUUAUGGAGGUCGGGGUGGGUGGACCCGAGGUGCAAGGAGUGGGCCUCCUACAAGAAGAUCUGACUUCCGAGUUCUUGUUUCAGGACUUCCUCCAUCAGGCAGCUGGCAGGACCUGAAAGAUCACAUGAGAGAAGCUGGGGAUGUCUGCUAUGCAGAUGUUCAGAAGGACGGAAUGGGGAUGGUUGAAUAUCUCAGAAAAGAAGACAUGGAAUAUGCCUUGCGCAAACUGGAUGACACCAAAUUCCGCUCUCAUGAGGGUGAAACCUCCUACAUCAGAGUUUAUCCUGAGAGAAGCACAAGCUAUGGCUACUCACGUUCUCGGUCUGGGUCAAGGGGCCGUGACUCUCCAUACCAAAGCAGGGGCUCCCCACACUACUUUUCUCCUUUCAGACCCUAUUGAGACAAGUGAUGGGAAAUUUUUCUUUUUUUUUUUUUUUAGAUGACCUGAGCUGCUUUGUCCUCAGGAUCUACAUUCCAGAUUGGUAAUUUAGUGUCUAGGAAAUUUUUAAGAAACUUUUUUAAGGAAAAAAAAAAAAAGAAAAAUGACAUAAUUUCUACCAGGGCCAUGUUAGCAGCAAAACGUUUUAAACUGCACAAGUGGUUGUGGUUCAGAAACAAGUUGUAUAUUUUUUACCCAAAAGAAAUCAGUGCUGUGUCUUUGUGGGCUGUUUUGCUCUGAAUAUCAGCAGUUACUGUGACUGAGUUGGCCCAUUCUGUUUAGAAAUAUAUUUUAAAUGUUUAGUAAUUGA